UGUCGGACCGCUUUCUUAGCAGCAAGAGAGUGUUUCGAAAAUUAGACGUAGAAUUUUUUGGAACAAAAAUAAUAUUGAGUAGUUUUAACCAGUUUGUUUAAUUAUGUCACACAGAUUGAAUUCGCUGCAGUAGUUGAUUUUCUGUGGAGAUGUUUGCUAAAGCGUUUCGUGUCAAAUCCAACACUGUUGUAAAAGGAUCUGACAGGAGGAAGCUGAAAGCUGACAUAUCUGCAGCUUUUCCUACACUGUCGGCCGAGGAGCUGUCUGAGCUGGUCCCCAACAAAGAAGAAUUAAAUGUAGUGAAGAUUUAUACACAUAAGGGAGAUGCUGUAACACUUUAUGUUCUUCACAAAAAUCCACUUUUCUUUGAGCUGGAGAAACAACUUUACCCCACAGUGUAUAUGCUUUGGCACCAUCCAGUUCUCCUGCCAGCAUUUACAACAUGGCCUCCUGUGCUUGAGAAGUUAAUAGGAGGGGCAGAUCUCAUGCUGCCAGGUGUGGUGGUGCCAUCAGGUGGUCUCCCAAAUGUGAAACAGGGGGACUGCUGUGCUGUUACAUUAGUGAACAGUGGAGCACCUGUUGCAGUUGGCACCGCUGCAGUCUCAAGUGCAGAGAUGACCAGUUUGGGCAUGAAAGGAAGAGGAGUGUGUAUUCUUCACACGUACAUGGAUCAUCUCUGGGGGCUUGGAGAUAAGUCCAGCCCACCUCCUUUACCAGUUGCAGAAAAUGAAGGAGAAGAGAUGUGUGAAGAAGAUGAGGAAGUAAACGAGGAAGACGAAGCAGCAGAGAAGUGUGCGGACGUGCACAGUCCUGGUGCACCGCAUACUAAUCAUGUUUGUGGUGGUGUUGAGGAAUUGAGUCUGGCUGAACAUGUGGAAGAAAAGGAGAAACGCAACAGUGGAGAGGGGGAGGAGGAGGAGAAGCAGGAGGAGGAAAAGCAGGAUGACCAGAAAACACCACAAGAGAGAAUGGAUGCCCUGCUGUUCCAGUGUUUUCUUCAUGCUCUCAAGAGCAAAGUGAAGAAGUCAGAGCUCCCUCUACUGACAAGCACCUUUCUUCGCAACCACAUGUUUUCCUGCUGCCCGAGCGGAAGCCAACUUGAUAUCAAAAAGUCCAGCUAUAAAAAGUUGUCUAAGUUUCUACAGGCAAUGCAACAGCAACACAGCCUCCUGCAAGUGAAAGAACUGACAAAAGGUGUGGAGAGCAUUGUAGAGGUGAACUGGAAAAAUCCACAACUGCGAUCCUUCCACAUUCUCGAGGAGGCAGAUGUUGAAGUGGUUCCACUGCAGGAUGGAGGAGGAGAAACUCCAUACCACCCCCCUGAGAUCACGACUGUGUACUCAGUGUCCGCUCGAACAGAGCCUCUUUUUCUGGAUGCAAACAAGAGGAAAGGAACAAUACUUCAGCCUGCUGAAGUGAGAAGUAUUAUCACAGAAUACAUCAAGAAAAAUGAACUGGUGAAUGAACAUAAUAAAAAUUAUGUGACGAUCAACCCGAUUCUUUGUGACUGUUUGCUGGAAAAAUCUGAAUAUCAAGAAGUAGAGUCUGUGAAGUGGGAUGAUCUCUUCAGCAGGACGUUGGGAAGAAUGCAAGAAUAUUAUCAAGUUGUGUUCCCUGGACAAGCUCCAAUGAUAAAGAAGGGUCACAUUGAGCCAAUAGACAUCUCUGUGGCUUCUCGUGGAUCCAAUAAGAAGGUGACAUUGAUAAGGAACUUGGAAGUGUAUGGUUUGGAUCCUGCAGUCGUGUCUGCUGCUUUACAGCACAAAGUGCAGGCCAGUUCCAUUUUGCAGCCCAUUCCUGGGGGCAAAGACAAAGUCAUGGUCCAGAUCCAAGGCAACCAGAUUCAACAAGUCGGAAAUUUGCUGCUAGAUCACUAUCAAAUCCCUCGAAAGUACAUCCAAGGACUCGACAAGGCUCCAAAAGGUGGAAAGAAGAAGUAACAUUUCAUCAUGUAGUACUGUGACAUUUUACUAUAUGUAAACAUUACAGUGAAAUCUUGGUCAUCCAUAUAAUAAAAAGUCAGUUCCUUGUCCUCUUAUGGAGGUGGAUGAAUUAUUAACUCUUGCUGUGGUUAUGAUCUUA